CCUCAGCACCCGCCGCCGCCGCCGCCGGAGAAGCGGUCCCCACCGCCUCCGGCGCCUUCAGGCAGCAACAGCCCGAAGUCGCCGUUCGAGCAAUCUUUGGUAAAGACGCCUCCGAGUCCGCCGGAGAAGUCGACGGCGGCGUCCCCGCCUCCCCCUGCUUCGCCUCCGCCCUCGCCGCCGCCGACGAGCCAGUCCCCUCCUCCCCCUUCCCCGUCGUCGCCGCCCCCGUCACCUCCUCCAGCGACGCCGCCGCCCCAGUCAUCAACGCCACCGUCGUCGCGCCAAUCGCCUCCGGAAUCGAGCACGGAGCCGCCACCCACAUCCUCAGGGACAGCCGCGACCCCUCCACCUCCCCAAACUGCCCCGUCAGGCUCCGGGUCAAAGACACCGCCGUCGACACCGCACGAGGCGCCGCCGACACCGGCAACGCCGCCAGACACCGACGCCCAGCCGCGUCCGUCCCAGGGGACUCCUUCCUCGGCGACGAAGAUGCUGCCUCCUCCAAUGGCCCUGACGGUGAUCAUGCCAGGCUCCGGCACACCUGCGGGCAUGUGGACGGGCCCGCCUGGCUCCGCUGCGACCGCUCCGCCGCUGGGCCCCCCGGCCGGAAGCUCCGGCGGCAGCAGCUUGAAGACCGAGGAGCUCAUCGGGCUCUCCGUGGGCGGGCUGAUCCUGACACUGGCCUCGUUGUUCAUCUUCCUGUGCUUCAGCAACAGCCGGGGGAGGAAGCAGCGGCACAACGCCGUCGUGCCGGAACGUGAGUGCCCGCCGGCCAGCAUUGAUGAUUGA